GAGACGAAGCGAUGCACGUUUUGGAUAAUCAGGCAAGCAUCGUGGUUCUUGGUGAGCCGCGCGCAGAUUUGGUGAAUGCGCCGGUACGAAGCAACUGGGUAAGCACAUCACUGAAGCUGACACCGAGCCCGUUGUUCACAGCAGGUGUGACACAUUGAGAACGCCAGGAUCAGAUCAUAACUGGUCGGAGGGAACUAAGGGCCUGCGGCCUAGCAUCGAAUAAUGACGCCCGCGACGCGAAGGAUCCUCACCCACGAAUAGGGUCGCUGGAAAUCCCUCACUGAAGAACUGAGUAUCCGUCAGUCCGGGUAUACCCUGGGCGACAAUUUGGGAUGGAAACUCGCACUUCAAGUCUAGGUGGGAUUUAAUGGAGGAACGAGAUUACAUGAGACUUGUGUCGGGUUUUACCACUCCAGUUUCCCUCGUAUCCGUCGCACAUCUGGGAUUCUCUCUGACCUCGCGUACGCCAUACCUGUUUAUGGCCCUUCGAAUGCUGAUCAUGAGCAAGCGUUCAGUUUGUAUCUCUUAUGAUCUCACGGUAUUUUUUCAGGCCUUUUUGUCGUCUUUGUGUUUGGGUACGUUCUUUCUUUGCUCGCGUCCUGCUGGAUGCCUCGGCCUCCGUGCCUUCGCGCUCACCUGCGCUUCGGCCUCUGUGCCUCUGAGCGCCGACCAUUCACUUUGCGUCCGCCUUCAACCAUUUAUUCCCGAAUUGAUACCUUUCGCCGUACCCGCUGUCACACUGCACCUUCCGAGGUUACAGUCAUGCCGUUCCAGGUGCCGCUGCAUACCUUGGUUCGAUUUCUUCGGACGAAUUCCUCUUGUCCUUUCGGUCUCGCUGAGGGGGUGUUGUGACCUUCGGUUGGGUGGGAUCCCCAUUGCAUUUAAUUAGAUUUUCUAGGUUCCUUGGCGUUCUGCACCUCUUUGCCCUCGUUGUCCUUGUUUUAGCGUUGCCCUCCUCCUUCUCCAAUCUCCUCUUUGUAUGUA